GUUGAAAGCAUGCGGAGGGAGAGGGAGACGCGCUCGGGGCCUGGCGCAGACGUCGGGAAGCGAUGCAGACGGGAGCGUCCGCAUUGCACCCCCCCCACCCCCUCAUUGAUUUGUAUAUGAAAACAUAGUGCUCCCCCCACCCCCCCCGAUGCUCCCCCUUUCUGCUUCUCGUUGAGUGAUCAGCUGAUGAAGAGACUAGCGGCUCGCUGCUAUGCGGGCUUGCUAAUUCUCUCCCCCGCCGCUGCCGCCGUCGCCGCGCUGGAUCCCGCAGACCGCGCUCAGCCGGACGCCGGCGGGAAGAUGGAGGACGGCGGCGGCCCAAAGAAGCGCAAGCACGACCAACGGCGCGACACGGGGCCGCCGCCGCCGCUACCGACGCGCGACACCGCCGGCGAAAAAGUCAAACGGAAACGAGGGCGACCGCCUGCCGAGAAGCUCCCCCCGAAUCCGCCCGAACUCACCCGGCAACUCAGCACGCUGGUGGACAUGGUGGUCAACUACAAGGACGGUUUGGGUCGACAGAUUAGCAAAGGUUUUGUCCAGCUGCCUUCCAGGAAGGAAGCUCCCGAGUACUACGAGCUGAUCCGAAAGCCUGUGGACUUCCGACGGAUCAGGGAGCGAGUCCGUAAUCACAAAUACAGAAGUGUGGGGGAUCUGGAAAAGGACAUUUUCCUGUUGUGUAACAACGCUCAGACGUACAACCUGGAAGGAUCUCAGAUCUACGAGGACUCCAUCGUCAUCAAAUCGGUCUUCGAGAGCGCCAGGGUGCGAAUCGUGGCCAACGAAGGGCCCAAGCAGACGGUGGCCGCCGCCCACAGCGACAACGGCGGUACCGCUGAAGACCCGGAGGGAGCGCUGGAUAACCAGGAGGAGAGGAGUCUGAAUCUCCCAGCCAAGAGGUCACCGCCGGAAUGUGGACGAACACUCCUCCAAGAAUGAAGGUUGAACUGUUGUCGACAAGUCUUGAAGUCCAUCUGUUUCUUUGUCGUUCUUAUUCUGCCCCCCAAAAAAAUAAAAACCCCAUUUUGAGGGCUUCCCCAAAAGUCACCAUUUUUCAUGUGUGGAGUGUACAGUGAUGCCUUGAGUCCCCAAAUUAUCCAAUAAUAAUUCGAAAUGAAGCAAAAGAUGGCGCCAGAGAUGAUCAUCUUUGACAUUUGAAGAUUUUUCUAUGCCCAAAAAGUCUUUUUUAAGAUGAACAAUUCCAAAUAUGAGUGAAGGGAGUAACCUUGAAGAUGAAUUCAACUCAAAAUUCAAAGCACCACUGUACUGGCCAGAUGACCUUCAGAUUUGAUGUCCUCUCAUCGAGGCCUUCAUUUUGAAAAGAACUUUUUGAAAAGAGAAUCACUUGUGUUUCCCCUGCGGGAUGUAAAAAAAACUGAAAACAAGGACUGUUUUUAAUCAGCGUGUUUGUAUGAAAUGCUUUCAUUGGCCAUAUGUACAAAAGUAUUGGAACACACGCCACCUCCUGGAAGUAGCCCUGAUGGACGUGCGUUUGUCCGGGUGGAGUGUGACAAUCGGAAGCUUUUUUUAUAAAACUUUUUUUUUCCCCUCUGUGGACUCCGAGCAGAUACAUCUUGUACGAUUUGUACGCGAAGCGUGUCGCCGACCGGCGACGACGUCCAGACAAUCCCUGGAAACUUUUACUGUAUCCACGCAACUGUACUGUCAAUACAUUGGAUCCAAAACCAA